UAACUGACAGCAAAUAUCGCGCGAAAGACUUUUUGUUUUGUCUUGUACAUUCCAUUAUUUCCAACCUAAACUUUUAGUAAAUGAUAAUAAAUAUUUAACACAGAAAUUUGUAAAUAAUAAAUACUGUGUACGACAAAGACAGGUUUCAAAACUGAGGAUUAAUACUUAAUGUUAUCAUCUAUUAAAGCUGGUUAAGAAUACGAUGUAAUUCUUACGUAGCCAAUUUUCUAAAUUGCUUACUAUUAAUAUUACUUGCUGUGAUGGAUAUUCUUAAAAUAGUCACGUUGAAUGAACAAAUUCCUGAUGUUACAAACGAUGAUGUUAAAGAUAACCUCGCUAUCAUGUCGAGUAAUGAAGAAGAUGCUUUGAAUUUCGUAAAGAAGCGUAAAAGAUUCUUCCCUGAAGAUUCUAACAAAAGUAUUGAUUUAUUGCCUGCGCUCUCAAAUGAACAUAAUAAUGACGAAUGCAAAGAACCUGUUACAAUAAUUCGUAAGUCUAGAAUUAAAAACAAUUAUACGGACUCCGAUAGUGAUAAAGAAGACCAAAAAAAGAAUAUCGUAAAACGUGACGGUAAGAAAAAAUUUAGAGAGAAAUUCCAUAAAUUUAAAAAUAGGAAAUCACAUUCAAAACCUUUGAAUGGAAAUGACUCUGGGGAUGAAUUAUUACAAUAUAAAGAGAAUGCUGAAGAAACAUCAGCAAACAUUAAUUUGUCAGUGUGUGAUCCUGAUGAUUCUGACGAUGAAGGAAAUAGUAUAACAGCCAUAAAGAAACUGAUUGGUUCUAAAUCUAACUUACCACCUGUGAAAUCAAAACCAAUACGAAUGUCAGCAAAAGAAGCAAUGGUAAACAUGCAAAAAAUUAAGAGUGAGUCCAAUAGAAUGUUAAGAGAAAAAGAGGUUUCUCUUCCAUAUCAUCGACCCAAGGCAUUAUCUCUUAAAGAUAUUAUGAAUCGUAGAAAACCUGCAGUUUCGAGUGAUGGAAAGAACUUACCUAUUAAAAUGAAUGAGGAGCAAUUAAAACAUUAUGCAAUGAUGUUGGAGGAGAGGCAAAAAGAAAUGAUGGAAUUGUGUAAAAGUGAGUCAGACGAAGAUAAUGUAGAAACAGAAAAUUCAAAUGUUAAUAAGUCAAGUCAAGCAAAUGAAGAAGAUGAAUGUGGUCAAGUUAACACAGAGAAUAUAGCACAAGAGAAUGAUAUGAGUUUUGACCAAAUUUCUGAUAAAACUAUUAUUAAUGACAAAAGUGAAAUGCAAUGUGAGUCAUCUCUGUCCUUAUUAAAUAAAUUAGAAAAAAGUUGUGAACCAGAUAUACAUGUUGAUAUAGUUGAACAUAUCUCAGAAAAAGGUACUCAAGAAAGAAUAGCAGAAGAUAUUGCAACUGAAAAAUCGAAUUACUUUGUACAUGCUGAUGUCACUAGAAAAAUAUUAACAGAUACUCCAGUAGAUAAAGAUAAACCUAAAGACAUAGAGAACAGUCAGGUGAUAUCAUUGAAUUAUGAAUCGAAAAAUUUUGAUACAGAAAUAACAUGUACAAAAACCAAUACUGCACAGGAAAAAGCUGGUGAACAUUUAGAUACAUUCUCAGAUAGUGACCUAAAUUGUGAUGAUCUAGAUACCCUUAUUGAAAAUGCUGAGAUUGUCAAAGAUGAUACCAAGGCAAAGAAAAUAAAUGUAAUUCAACCCAAAUUAACGGGUGGUCCAGGUAUGGUUAUAAGCUUAGAUGACGAUGAUGACUCUACUGGAAAACCCACUGGCGUAGAACUUCUAAAAGAAAGGUUUACAUAUUUUGCUAAGCUUCAGAACCAAGAGGACAUGGAGAAAGAUAGAGAGAAAAAAUAUAAGCCAGGCACACAACAUAUUAAGUUAAGACAACAACUAGAAGAAGAAAUUGCUGAGCAAAGGUCUCUGGAAUGGGCUAAACGGCUUGAAGAGGAAAAACUAUUAAAGUCAGAACAAAAAGAGAUCUUAGGAGAUGAUUCCUUUGAGGAUAUUGACAAAAUUGAGGCAAAACUCGAAGGACUUGAAGAAAAGGAUACAGUUGAAGGUGAAAUUGAUGAGAGUGUUGACGGUGAUAUUGAUGAGGGUGAUGAUGAUGAAGAUUUAGUUGAAGAUGAUGUUGAUAUGACCGAUAAUCCGACAAAGCGUAAUCCAAUGCUUGAUGAUGAAGCAGAAGAAUCUGAUGAUGAAAAACAGGAUGGUAACGAGGCCGAUGAAGAAAUUGAACCCAAUGAUGAUGAUCAAGAUGAUGAGGAAAGUGACAGUAGCAGUGAAUCAGAAGAUGAACUAGAACAACCGAAGGCUAAGAAAGGCCGGAUCCUUAAGGCUUUUGAAGAUUCUGAUGAAGAAGAUGUUGAAAAUAAAGAUGCAAAUAAAUUGCUCGUGGAGUACAAUGACGAUAAAAUAUCACAAGAUGAUGAACUGCAAUUAGCCCAAACAAAUAAGUCUUCAGAAGAUUUAUUCCCCAGUCAAGAGUGUGAUGUGCUGAUGUUAAGCAAAAAUAAUGAGGGAAUGAGUACCGAAGAGUUGGGCACAUUUUCUAUACUCUCACACACUGAUAAAGAUAACGGCCCAAUGCCAGUUAUUUGUGAAACCCAGAAUGAUAAUGCAAGUUUGGAUGAUAUAGUUGGUAUGUGCUCUGGGAGUUUCUCACAGAGCAUCAUCGUUCCAACUCAGGAAUCUCAACUUACACCAUCUUUAGAAUUCGCUGAUGAUGUUGUCGCACUUUGCACAGGAAAAUUCUAUGACAACCAAUUUGUUUCUCAAAUAAAUCAAAAGGACUUGACAUCGACAGAAACAUUGGACACUGAAAGCUUAACAAUUCCAAAAGAGAUACUGCCGACUGCAAGUUUGGACACCGAAGGCAUGCCAACUCCUUUACAGUCAGAUUUAGGACAUAAUGAAGAGAAUAAUUCUAAGAAAGAUAUUGAAAAUUGUACCAAAGACAAUAUAAAAAAUAUAGAAGAACAAAGUAAUAGAGAAGAGACUCUCUUAAAAUCAAUUUUAGAUGAAUUAGAUGAGCCAGAAUUUGAUAAACCUAAGAAGUAUAAAUUUUUCGCACCGAGUGAGAUUAAGAAGAAAUUAGUGAUUGAUUCGGAUGAUGAAAUGGAACAAGAGAAAGAAGUUAAAAAGAAAAAGAAGAGACGAAAAGAGAUUCGGGCUUUGCAAAUAUCAGAUGAUGAGGAGGACGAAGAAGAAAUAUUAACCGACGAAGAAAAUGAAUCAGAUGGCGAUGUCGGUGAAAAGGUUUAUGAAUAUGAUUCAGAGGAGAAUGAAGUAGAAGUAGUCCAGCCUAAGAAAAGGAAGAUGGAGUUCUUUGAAAAUGAAGCAGAAUUGACAUCAGAGGAUGAAUGGGCGGGGUCUGGUGAUGAAGAUGAAGCCGGUCUGGACCGGAUGGAGAGGGAAGAGGGAGACGAUGAUGUCUUCCACCAAGGGAAGCUGCAGAGCGAGUUGGGACAGAUACAUAUGAGAGAAGUAUUAGAUCAAGACAAAAGGGAAGUUCGUCUCAUACAAGAGUUGUUACUUGAAGACGCGGAUCUCGGUGAUGGGCAUAGACAAAGGAAAUUUAAAUGGAGGAAUGUUGACGGUGAAGAAGAAUCGGGUACGAUAGCAGAUGAGUGUGAUACGCAAGAAGAAGAGUUUGAGUCAGAGGAGAUGUGGCGAAAACAGAGACACGAAAGGGAGAUGUUUUUGAAGAAAAUGCAAGAAAAUGGCGAAAAUCUCGAUACGAGUAUAAAUCGAACAACAAUUAUCAAAGCGAAUCUGUCUUCGAGGACUAUGUCUAACCUCAUAGCAGAAAGCAAGCAAAGCCCGGUCGAAAAGGAGUGUAUUGAGAAGAAAACUAAAGAUAUACCCAGUCCUAAGAAACCAUUUUCCAUGUUGAAGCAAAGCUACCACGGGUCAUUCUUAACUCGUGGUCGAGGAGCGCUCGCAAGACUCGCUGCUCUCGCGACACCUUUAGCCGUGGACGAGGAAACACCUAAAGUCCUCGCUUCGGCGCGAGGCAACUUUGUCUUUACUGCAAAGAAUGAUGAACCAAAGGUAAAAAAACGAAAAGCCGAAGCAACUGUAGGCACACCACAACUUAUCAAGAAGAUGAAGACUGAAGACAACAAUGACAAGUUGUUUCCGUAUGCGGAAGAGAACGUGAAGACAUUCUUGGACAGUCAGUGGGAGAAUGAGGAUGUAAAGAAGGCUGUGAUUGCGCUGAAGGAGCUAGCACUCGAGGAUAAAGAGAAAAGUGUAGACGGGGUUGUUUCAAUACCCGGAGAGGAUGCAUCAAAAGAAGACCAGAUUGAAGGUCUUGUCAACAAUGUGAAGUGGCAGAUGUCUUCUGACCGCAAAGUUGGUGCUCUUAAACAGCUUCAAGGAUUGAUUUGGAAGCAAGGCUAUGAUAAAGGAGAUAUUAAGGGCCACGUUUACGACGACGUUCUCCCAGGAUUGGAACAGUGGCGAGCUGUUGACGGUCAGAAGGUCUACAUCUACUCUUCUGGAUCUGUUCAAGCUCAAAAAUUAUUGUUUGGACAAUCCCUGGCUGGAGACCUGCUUAAGUUUAUUGAUGGCCACUUCGAUACAACAGUUGGUGCUAAGCAGGAGGCAGCGAGUUAUAAGGCCAUAGUGGAGAAAAUAGGUUGCAGUGCUGAAGAAGUGCUGUUUUUAACUGAUGUGGUUAAAGAAGCGGAAGCCGCCAAAUCUGCUGGUCUAUACACAGCUCUAGUCACAAGAGAAGGCAAUGCACCGCUCACAGAUGAAGACAAAAACACAUACCCUGUGAUUCAGUCGUUUGGGCAACUUACAGUCUCAAACAAACGAAAGACCGACCCUCAGGACGAACAACCCGCCAAAGUUCUAAAGACUGAUAUAAAUGAUGACGUAAAGACUGCUACUGAAUCCGCCGAAGUAAAAGUGGUGUCACCUACUGAAAAAGUAGCAGAAGAAAAAAUGGAAGUGGAUGAUGCCACUGCUGAAGCGAAGGUCGAGACAAUUAUUGAAGAAAUAACCGAUGCUAAGGAUACCGAUGUUCCAGUUUGUGAUAUAAAACCAAUUGUUACUGAAGUCGACGAUGGCCAUGAAAAAGAAGAAAAGAUGGAAACUGAAAUAAAUGGCAGUGUUGCUGCUGAAAAAUCUGCUGAAAAGUUGGAGGCUAAAGAAACAUCUGACGAAAUAACUCCCAAAAAGGCUAAUGAAUUGUCUAAAGACCAGUUGGUUAAAGAAGACAGUCCUGUCGCGGAGGAGACCCCUCCUGCUGUAAUUACAGAAAUAGAAGAAAUUACAAACGAGAAGGAAUCACUUGCUGACGCUGCUGAAAUAAUUGAAGGCCUGGAACCAGUUGUUGAAGAACCAGAAACGGCAGCUGAAAUAGACAACUUACAAAAUGUAGGUGAGGAAUUGGAAAAAGAAUGUGACGAGAUAUUAUUUAAAAUGAAGAAUGUCGCAAAUUUAGAAAACAUGAAGCCUUUAUUAAAACCUAUUAUUGAAGAAUCCAUGGAAGUGGAAAAUCAUGUACCCAGUGAAGGCGAAAAAGUUUCGGACACCAAAGUGGAAUCAAAAAAUGAUAGUCUGCCAGCUGAAUCUGAAAGCAAAGAAAAGAAGGAUGUUGAGGAAAAAGUCGAUGAAAGGAAAGAAACUAAAGUACUAGAAGCAAGUGAAGACAAGAGUAUUUCAAAUGAGCCUAUUGCUGAAAAGUCUAAGGAAACAAAUGGAAUUGAUAAAAUUGAAGUUCCCGCUGACGAAACUGAAGUUAAAAAGGAAAAUGAUGCAAAACCUGCGGAAGACGUAACAGAAACGAAAGCUGAAAAAGAAAUUUUGCCGAAAAACACAAAAGAGACACAAGCUGAACCAGAAAAAUCAGAAUCAAAUGACACAAAGGAAACGAAGAAUGAAAAUGAAGUUCAAUUAAAUGGUGAUGCGACAAAUGGAACUGAAAUUAGCCAAAACGGUGUCGAAAAAGUAGAAGAAAGACUUUCUGCAGAAAAUGGAAAAGAAAUGAAUGGGUCAAAUGGCACUAACGAAACAGAAGAAGAAAUUAAGUCUGUUUCGGAGAUCAAAGUGAAAUCCCUCUCAAAGGAAGAACCACUUCCAGACCCCAUAGAGCAAGCGACAGAGGCAUAAAAUACUUAUUGUAAAAGGUGGCGCUGUGUAUGGUGGGGCUCAAGACUGAGGCUAUUGACAUCACACUAGUUCAUACAUUAUUUCUAAUAUUUCUCUUUGAAGAAGAUACACUUUACGGGAUUAAAACGCGUUUAAAUGUUAUCCUCAUAAAAGUAAAUGAGUUUAAUUGCACUCACUCUUAAGUACUCUUUCGUCUCUUUUUGUCAAAUUGAAUUUACGAUGCGACGAAAAGAGACGAGUACUUUAAAACGGUGCAAUGUGACCAAGUUUUAAUAAAUAAGGGGUAUUACUUAACAAUUUAAAAAGUUCAGACUGUCACAAAUAAUACAUGCUACAAGCCAUAUGACAUAAGAUCAGUACAGUGUUUUUAAAAUUUAACGCGUUUUAAUCCCGUAAAAUAACUCAUUUUACGUUUAUCCUAGUGGAUGAAGUGAUACUUGCAAUAAUACAACACUUGUUUAAAUUACCUAAACUGAUGGACUUAAGUCCUAUUUCCUUCACUUCCAAUAUUUAAACAGGUCCUAAAUUGUUAGGUUUUAAACUAGUUAAAGUGACGAGCCUCUUUGUAAAUACGAUUGAAAACAAAUUGUCUAUGCUUUUGUGUCUUUUAUAUCUGUCGGGAGUUUUAUAAGUACAUUUUAGUGAGUAAGCAUAGAUGUGUUGUUUUCGAUUGGUUUUCUCAUUUUUACGUCAUAUUCAUAAUUUUAAGAUAGGCUAAGGACAGGUUAAAUUAGGCGUUUUGUUUAGAAAAAUAGCGUUUACGCACAGUAUUCAAGGCGUUAAGCCGUUAGAAUCUCGAAAAUCCUAUAGUAUUAUCUACGUAUUAGUGUUUAGCAUUACCAGUGGCACGCUAAUGUGGUCUCUUUGACAUGCAAACAAAAUGGCCGUUUCAGCGUACCGCUGGUAGGAAAUGUUGCCAAUACAAAAAAUCCUAAUGCCGCGUAAUGUAUGAAUAAUGAGACUAAUUUUAUUAAGACUGCUGUCCUUCAGUUACCAGUGUACACACUGAUCGAUAAGGUUUAAUUCUAAGUAUUGUGGAUCUUUUGUGUAAGUCAUAGACCACAAACAUUAAUUUACAUACGGCUGGACUAUUGAUUAAAAUGUCCGAUUUCAUUAUGACAGAUGAACUAAUUACUGUCAUUAGUAUUUUUUUACUGGGUUUAAAUGCGAGUAAGAUCAAUUUAAAUAAGUUGAGGCCGGCAACGCACUCGCGAGCCCUCUGGCAUUGAAAGGGGCAAUGGGCGGCGGUAUCACCUAAUAUCAGGUGAGACUCCUGCCCGUUUGCCCUCGUUCUAUAAAAAAAAAGUCCAGAUUGUAAAUUGAUAUUUGUGGUCCAUUGUCCGAUAUUCAUCACACUGCCAAAUCACUUGCCCUCACAUUUGACGUCAGUUUACAAUUUUUGUUGUGAUAUUGAAAAUAAGACUGUAUAUUAGUCAUGACUGGGCUGUGUUGUUUUGAAUGGAUGACUGAUAUAGUGCCAUAAACUUUUGACCAAAAUUAAUUUGGGACAGUUAAGUUUACAGCACUAUACUAUGUAGGUAAGAUAAUUUUGAUACUCAAGUAUCUAGGGUUUCUCAAUAUUCCUGAUAUGAAAUUGAUAAUUUAGCUAUAAAAGGUUUUUACUCCUUGUUAGGAAACCCUUAACUCAUAUCGCAUCACGAAGCUAAUUAAGGUAUUUGUAUAUAUGGUUUAUAUGGCUUUUGGGAUUGUUAUAUGAAUUCAGCCCUAAAAUGAAGUUUUUCCAACGCAAAAGGCGUCAGCGCAUCAGCCGACCCUCGCAAGUCGGCGAUUAAUAGUUGGAAUGUUUUUGAAGACACAAACGGUUAUACAAUCUAUAAGGGGCUGACUUAUUCUAGUUGAACAGGAUUUAGUACUGUACGCGUCUGAGAGUAGACUGGACAAAUACUAGUCAAAUAUCGAAGUGGGAGCCAUUCUUUGUAUUAUUUUUAUACCAUAUAUAUUAAGUUCUAAAUUGUUCCUGUUUAGUUGUAAGGUAACGGACCGUUAUUGUUAAACUGACAUCAAGUGUUAGACAGUUCCUUUCUUAGACUGAUUUAUUCCUAUCACAAUAAAACAAUUUUCUUUUUACUAUUAAUGAAGACUUAAUUACAAUUAUUUCUUGACCGCUUAUUUUUUUGUAAGUGAGACAAUAUGUGCUUUUGUUUUUUUUUGAUAUUUUUUGACAUUAGAUGCUUACAUAACUUUAGUUAUUUGAUAAUACUUCCCUUUGUGUAUAAAUAAACGUGAUUUUUAAUUACUGAGAUAAUAUAAUGGAUGUAGAAUUUCUCA